AUGGAGAGUCGCCGCUUUACCCUCUCCAGAGCACUCGGUGUUUGCGGCGAAGGUCUUCCAUUCGUUUUUGAAGCGAGCCAGUCGGUGGGGAUGUGCCCUGGCUACUUCUUGGUCUGGGUGGCACUGUUUCUUCAACUCGUUUCUAUUGGAAUGCAUACCUGUAUGAAGCUCAGCAACGAGCAGACCGAGGAGCAACGCAUCUACAAGGAGAUGCUCAAAGAGCAAGAGAGCUACGGCGCGAUGGAGGAGCAGGCAGCAUCCUUUCAAGCAGCGGCCUUUCAGGAGGCAGGCGCCUACUCGGGCUACGAUGCCACCUAUGCCACGGCGGGAUACGAUGGCAGCACCGGCUACGACGCGGCUGGCGCGCAGUAUGCGGGGUAUCCAGCGGCUGGGAGCUUUGGAGGCGCCCCGGGUGCUUCAGUGAUGCCGCAGCCCGCAGGGAUGCCGCAGGGUGGUUCCACGGGCAUUGAUUGCCGUGCGCGUGCGGUGGAGCUGACGGGUUUGCAUGGGUCCAUGAAGAGGCAUGGCAGUUUGCUGCAGGGAUUCCUCGGCGAGGAAACUGAACCUGACGCCGAGUUCGUCCCUCAUAGCUUGCAGUUAGUCGGCGUGGCUUUGUCUCGAAGCCUCAAGGCAGCCAAGGGCGUACCAGAUGGCACGGUGAUGUUGUUCACCCUGGUUUGCUUGCCACUGGUGCUCACGGCCUUUGCCUUCUUCAUCAUGGGGCGAGCCGCUGAGGAGAAGCCUCCACGCCCAGCAGAAGCGAGGCGCUGA